AUUGGACCUUGGGGCUUAAAUUAGACUUCAAUCACACUAUCACCGACUUUGCAGAGGCACUUGCUUCCAAGUUGCCCAGAGAUCUAAAGGUUGAUUUCUUUACCAAAUCAGGGACAAAGGCCAAUGACCUGGCCUUCCUAAUGGCGAGGCUGUAUAGGUCAUGAGGAUGAAAAUUCAAUGCUGUACACAAAUCAUUUUCUAUGUUUCUUCAUUGGAUGAAGUUGAAGCUGUAGAAAGAAGUGUAUUUGGUGCGGUACCAAAUAAGAAGAGAAAGAGACCCGAGGAAGAGAGCGCCUUCACUAAUCCGUACGGCGGCACUGUCCGUGGAUCUAAAUACUUUUUGCAUUGGGAAUUCGGAUUUUACUAUUGGCGGUGGGUCAGGUCGGAUAAUCAAUUGAGGAGUGUUGAGCCGGAGAUACAUAAGAGGAAUUCUGGCCGGGAUAAGGCUAUUGUUUUUUCACAAAAGGACGAAGUCCCGGUCCAAGGUGAUAGGCGGCGGAAGCUGGCGUUUCCAGUGAGGAGAGUCUGGUUUGCCGUCUCUGCUCGCGUCAAAGAUCCCAAUCAUGGCCUCCAAAUUCCAAGGAUGAGCUGAUGUUGAGAACACCCCACUCCUUCACUUGCCCACGACUAAACGCGGCAGUGAAGGGACUUUGAUGAUGUUCUCACCUAUGGGACAACCAGCCGUGUUGCUGGUUUUAUUGCUGAAACCAUGCAGGGUGUUUGGAGAAUCAUGGAACUGGUCCAGCCUACUUGCCAGCUGGGUAUAGUACUAUUUGAAAUGCUGGAGGUCUAUGUAUAGCCAAUGAGGUCCAGUCAGGCUUUGGUAGGACAUAGAGCCAUUUUUGGGGGUUUGAGGCCCAUGGAGUUCUGCCCGAUAUCAACACCAUGGCAAAGGUAGUCAUUGGAAUAUCCGGUCGUUCAGUACCCAAGCAGAAGGCAUAUAUUACACAUAGCUGAGAGUCUUGGCCUUCUUACAAAAUCCAAGUCUCUUCUCUUAGAACUCCCAUUGGAACGAACUCCUUCUCAGGUCCAGGAAACGGAAGGCCAAUAACCACACAAAAAAUCUUCAUUCCUAACUUCUACAUACUACACCAAAACCCACAUGACCCUACAUGGUGGACAUGGACAUGAAUCAAGUUAUUCAACAAUGGAGAACAUCUUCCGAACAAGCCCGCAAAACAAAAACACUUAUUCUUCAAGAAAAAACAAUAAAAUCUCCACAUCAGCCACAAGAACCAGGAUACAACACCAGGGAAAUGGAAGGCCAAUAACCGCGAUUCCUACUCCGGGUAGAAAUCAUUGUCUCCCGAAAAUCAAGAAAACCUAUUACC